ACGGCCACCACUUCUCAUCCCUCUGGUUGAGUGCAGCUGUAAAUAUAGCUCGUACUCCCUGGGCGUGUCUGGAGAGAUGCUGCUCUGGCAUAAAUGCAGGCCUGACCAACACUAGCUGAGUUUCCGCAGGAUCGACCAACACUAGUUGUGUUACUACAGGACUAACCAACACUAGUUGUGUUUCCGACAAACUUCGGGGAGACAGAGAGAGAGCAACUGCUCACACAGGUCACAACAGAGGUCCUCAGACCAGAGGGGUACGGUGCCAUGGACUGUAAUUACUUGGGUAAGCCCACAGCAGAGGGGAUGGAGUGCCGCAACCUGUGUUUAGUGACCAGAAUAGAGGACGCCAGGUGUGAGGAAGAGGAUAUUAACGAGCAAGAGGAAGAGGAAGAUCAGUCUGAGGACGUGCCAGUGGCGGUGUGGGAGAAGUUUAAAGGUUUGGCGCCAGAGAAAAAGCCCAAGGCUUGGGAGCCAAGCAACGAAACCUUCAGUUUUGCUGGACAAGAAAUAAGCAUCAAGGAGUCUGUCGAUUCCUUUGGCGCCCUCACCUGGCCAGGGGCUCUGGCUCUUUGUAAGUACUUGGAGAAUAACCCUGAGCAGAUUGAUCUGAGGGACAAGGCCGUGCUGGAGAUAGGAGCAGGGACUGGCCUGGUGUCCAUAGUGGCCUGCUUACUAGGGGCUUGGGUCACUGCGACCGACUUGCCGGACAUCCUGGCUAAUUUGAGGUUCAACCUCUCACGGAACACCCGUGGCCGCUGUCGCUACACCCCCCAGGUGGCUACGCUGGCGUGGGGACUCAACCUCCAGCGCACCUUCCCCUCCUCCAUCUUCCACUAUGACUAUGUCCUGGCUGCAGAUGUGGUCUACCACCACGACUGUCUGGACGAACUGCUGGUGACCAUGGAGCACUUCUGCCGUCCUGGGACCACUCUCAUUUGGUCUAACAAGGUACGGUUUGAGACUGACCAUCGUUUCAUAGAGCGCUUCAAGAAUGCCUUUGACACGACUGUGCUUGCUGAGAUACCACAGGAGCAAAUAAGGAUCUACAAGGCCACUUUCAAGAAAUGAAGAGCAAAGACAAGAGAGCGAAACGCCUUUGGAUAAGAAGGGGGAGUGAGAUCCUUAGAUUAAGGACUGAAAAGAAAGAUGGGGUGCUGUCACGUUGCAUAGCAUUCUCGGUAUGCUAUGAAAAGCACCUUGUCUUACUAGUUUAACACGACAUUCCUGAACAGUGCUCCAAAAUAAUGUUCAGAGGAGUCAUUCAAUAAUAUUUUGUAAGAUGGGGUUCCUUUGCAUUGCAUACUGAUAUUUUGAUUGUAAUUAUACUAUGUGUAAUAUAAUGACGAUUUUGAUAAAAUCUAUAAUCUUGCAAGCUCACUUUGGUAAUAAAUAGAAUAACUCAGUCUGAAACUACAGGAAUUCAUACAUGAGAUACUGUAAGCACAAUUAAACCAAAUUUGAACUAAUGCAAUUAACUAACUGCAAAGCCUGCAAGUAAUCGUGCAACUCCAACUCUGUCCCCAUGGAUAAUCUUGUCACAUCUAUGAUUUAUAUUCAUAUUAUCCUCAUUGUAUGACAGACAGUGAAGUACAUUUAACAGGAGUGCUUCUCAUUUAUAUUCAUACAUCUAGCAGACACUGUUGUCCAAAGUGACUUACAUAUAUGUGUAUGUUAACAUACAGAGUCAACUAUAUUGCAAGGGAUUGUAUUGUCCCCAGAGCAACACAGGGGUUAAGUGUCUUGCUCAAGGGCACAAUAGUGGAUGCAGGGAAUUGAACCCACAACGUUCAGGCUACAGCACGCCAGCACAACUCCUGGUACUACACUACCACAGCCUGUCAUGCACUAGGCACGCUCACCAAUCACAAGUGGCCCAACUUGAAGUGAAAUUCUGCAUAAUGAACUGUAGUCAGACUGUUGAUAUUUUUUCCAAACUGUGCACCCCAUGUUAAUCACACUUGUUCUUGGCCAUUGAGUUGUCUGAUGCAGGCCACUGAGACUACUAAAGCAAUACUGCCCUCUUGAGUCUUUGAAAGGAUGAGCACAAGUUUGUGUCAACAGUUUUAAAGAGACCCUAUGCAACUUUUUCAUAGUCAUAGAAAUCGUUGAGAAAUCGUUGUUUUGCUUGACUGACCAGUUUUAUGGAAAACAGUCACAUUUCCUCCCGCCCCUAGUGUCCCUAUCCGCUAAAUACAACCUUGCAACUUUCUGAUUAACGAUCGUCUGCUUUUUACAUCUGGAAGUCAGAGACGCGUAAGGAACAAGAAGAACCACGCUUGCAAUUUAUAUAUUUAUAUAUAGCCUAUAUAUGUAUAAAUAUACACGCUAAAGCUGUCGGGGAAGCUCUGCAGAGAAAUGUGCAAGCAUAAAACGAGCGAAAACGAAAAACGAAACCGAAACCAGAGAUGAAAUCGCCAAUCCUGCAUUGUUCCUCUUUAAGGCGAAUGUCUCUUCGUAUUGUGUAGAUAUGGCAAGAUCAUUGUGCCAGUUAUUGCAUAAGCUGUAUUUCACAACUUGGCUGAUUUCACCUGGUAAUAUUAUUUCUUCAGUACAUCUUCAGAGGUGCAGCUCAGAAAGCAUGAAUUUACCAUUUCUUGAAAUUCUAGUCUGGGUGAACCAAACAAAUCUGUGAGUGAAUUUGAAUUUCCUCAGAUCUGUGAUUGUGUUAUCCCCAUUUUAAGUCAAUGUCUGAAUCAUCAAAAACCCACCAAUAACAAUAACAAUUGCUUACCUGGCAUGGAGCGGGCUUUAUUUGAGGACAGAGGAGCAUGGUUGGCAGCACUGAGAGCACCAGUAUAAAAUUAAACAAAUGUGCAUUUUCUUCAGAUUUAAGUAAAUACUCCAAAUUGGAAGUGAACAAAUUGCCCCCAGACCAAUUCUCAACCUCAUUUAGAAUCAGUCUGGUGCCAGCCAGGCAAAAGCAAUUCUGCAUUUUAUUUUUCCCAAUAUUAGGCGUUAACAUUAUCAUUUUUGAUCUUUGCACACAUUUUACAGGCCUGAAAAAGAAUAAAGAUGCACACACAAAUAUAAUCCUCACAUUGGGAAACCCCACAUACUGCUCCCUCAGUAUUAUAUUUUUCUGAGGCAUAUUUACCCUUGUCCUGAGUCGCCAAGUCCUUGCAAGCCUAUCACCAUGGCAUGCUGGCUGUGACAUUCUUCCAGGGUUAGAACAGAGCGCUGUGUUGCCGCUCUCAGGGGAGUGCCCACUGGAGGAAAUGUCUGCUCUUGUUUACAGCUCUGAGGGUGUGGGUCUCCCCUCUCCUCUUCAGACUGGGAGAUACAACACAGUGGCUUAAUUAAGGAUGUGUUGUCGGGCUUAGGGAAUUCAAAUGGGUGUGUGUCUGUACCUCAAACCCACACAUAUGGACUAUAUAAAAUAGAUUUUUAUUGUUUUUCCAUUUGAUUUCAUUUUGUGCAGUGUUAUUGAUACAUUAGUGUCAGCAAUAAACACAUUGAAUUCGA